UCCUAGUUUUCCACUUGUAUUUUCCCAUCCAAUUAGCCCAUCACCGGCCCUAAAACCCAAUUUACACCUUCUCCACUCGCUCUCUCCCAAUCUUGAAGCUCAAGUACACGAGUUGUACACUUUAACUCACUUCGAUAGUUCGAUUGCAAAUUAGCAAUGUCCUUGCAUCUCUAACCCUAACCCUAGAUAACUCAAGAACCCUAAUCAUUUUCAACCAUGAUAUCUCUCCUCACACACUCAAAUCCCUUGUCAUAUCUCCCCCACUCUUCUCCCACACCCUCAAUCUCACCUUUUUUCACACACACAAAAACCCUAAAACCCUCCAAACUCAAGUCCCUCAAAAUCAACUCAAUUCUCCAGUACAAUCGGAAGCCCGAGCUCGCGGGCGACACGCCUAGAGUCGUGGUCAUCACUUCAGGCAAAGGCGGGGUAGGAAAGACGACUACUACGGCUAACAUUGGCCUCUCUUUAGCUAGAUUAGGCUUUUCGGUUGUCGCGAUUGAUGCUGAUGUUGGUUUGAGGAAUCUUGAUCUUUUGUUGGGUCUUGAGAGUCGGGUUAAUUAUACGGUGGUGGAAGUUUUGAAUGGGGAUUGUAGGCUUGAUCAGGCAUUGGUGAGGGAUAAGAGGUUUUCGAAUUUUGAGUUGUUGUGUAUAUCUAAGCCGAGGUCGAAGCUUCCGAUGGGGUUUGGGGGGAAGGCUUUGGUUUGGCUUGUUGAUGCGUUGAAGGAUAGGGAGGAAGGGUGUCCGGAUUUUAUUCUAAUUGAUUGUCCGGCUGGCAUUGAUGCAGGGUUUAUAACUGCGAUUACGCCUGCGAAUGAGGCGGUUUUGGUGACUACACCGGAUAUUACUGCAUUGCGUGAUGCGGAUAGGGUUAUUGGGUUGUUGGAAUGUGAUGGGAUUAGGGAUAUUAAAAUGAUGGUGAAUAGGGUUAGGACGGAUAUGAUUAAAGGGGAAGAUAUGAUGUCAGUGUUGGAUGUUCAGGAGAUGUUGGGGUUGGCGUUGUUGGGGGUUAUUCCUGAGGAUUCAGAGGUUAUACGGAGUACUAACAGGGGUUUUCCGUUAGUGUUAAAUAAGCCGCCUACUUUGGCUGGGUUGGCAUUUGAACAAGCUGCUUGGAGAUUAGUAGAGCAGGACAGCAUGAAGGCGGUUAUGGUUGAGGAAGAACCCAAAAAACGCGGUUUCUUCUCAUUUUUCGGCGGGUGAGAUCGGAGAAUAGCUUUAGCCACAUUUGUCAAAUUCUUUUGGGGGUUUUGGUUUUUGGAUGAGGAGGAUGUGUAUCAUGCUUUUGGCCUGUUGAAUCGAAGGAUAGCGGACAAUGUGUACAUGAUAGGUAAUGGUUUCUUUAGUCUAUUUGUUAAACCUUUAUGAGCUAUAUAUGUUGGAGGGCGAGUGUUAUAGUUAGAUAAUGCUUUUGUCUUAUGUAAGGAAUUGUAUUGAAGUGAAAUCAUUUGCUGAGGCCAAUUGAGUUUGUUAUUUGAUCUGAAA